AUGACAGACAUCCAUUGGGAUAUAUCCAGGAGGAGGUCCUCAUCCCCUUGUGAAGACCGAGGAGGGGAAAAGAGGAAAAUAAAACACAGUCGGAGCAGAUCCUCUGUGUCUUCCUCUUCCUCAUCGUUGUCCUCACAUUCAUCAUCGUCGUCCUCUUCAGGCUCUUCAUCUUCCAGCAGCAGAAGCAGCUUCAGAAGUAGAGAUGUUAAAAAAUACAAGUCUGAGUACACCAUUAAAGAAAAACACAAGAAGAAGAAAAGAGAAAAAGACAACAAAGUAAAGAAAAAGAAGAAGAAGAAGAAUUCAGAGGAAGCCAGACCUGUGCAGAUAUCUAAGUUUCUAAAAGAGAAAAAGAAGAAUGAAAACUACAGUAUGAUAACAGGUAAAAGAAUCAAAAUGAAAGUGAAGAAAAGCAAAAAAGACAAAGAGAGAGACAGAAAUCGAGCAGAACUGUUGGAAUUCCUCAAUUCUUCCAUGUGACCGAAUGACCCAAAGGUGUAUCUAGGAUGGUGAACUUUAUGGUGCAAUCUUCUGACAACAUGCAGAAUCUCAUAUUGCCUUUCAUUUCACAGAGUGCACAAUGCUGAAAACACUUGGCAAUGGGAUUUAAGGUUCAUUAAGACUUUGCACCUUCGAUCCUCCAAGUGCCCAUCAGUAUAUUCUGGCAGCAAGGGGUUGUCUGGUAAAGAAGCCUCCUGUUCUUCCUGAUUAGCACUAGAUUGAUCUUCCAUG